AUGGAAAAACCUGCAAGCAAUUGCAAACCCUUGACCACAUUUGUGCAAACAGACAGCAACAAUUUCCAAGAGAUCGUGCAGCGGUUGACAGGUCCAUCGGACGGUGAUCCAACACAAGCGGUGGCCAAAAAGGAUCCCGGUUUGAAAAGGCCGAUUUCGAAACUCCAUGAAAGAAGGCAAAACAUGAUGAGGCCGAAACUGGAGAUUGUUAAAUCCCCGUUGAGCUUUAAACCUGCUACAUCACUGGGACGAUCGGGAAGCUCCAGUCUUCUUACGAGUCCGGUGGGCACUCCAUCAUCGAUUUUCUCCAAGCUAACAUUGCUUGUAGACGAGAAGAUUGAAGAAUUAGAUAAAAGGAAACUGAACACGGAAGAAGAAGAAAAAGCGAUCAGAGAGAGACGGUUCUAUCUGCAUCCGUCACCGCGGUCGAGAGCAGGAAAAACGGAACCGGAGUUACUUGUUUUGUUUCCUCUUACGUCUCCCAGAACAAACGAUGAAGCAUGA